AUGCCGGGCAUCAACCAGAUGCCUCCCCAGUACUUAUCCGGUCAUCAACUACCCCAACAACAACAACAAAGUUGGAUGUUGCCCUCGAUACCCUCAGUACACCCUGGUUACCUACACCCCAUCAACAUGUCCAACUACAACGCCAACACUAUAAUCAAUCACAAUUACUACUACCAGUCGACCAUCUCGGAAAUGAGUCCUUUCAAUCCUCCCGGAAAUGUCGGGCAACAUGACAAUUCUUCCACGAUGACCAUUUCCAUGCAAUCUGAUAUCGAUGAACCAGACACUACUAGCAUGUUCCUCUCCGAUACCAUAUCUGAAAUAAUAGAUGUCAACUCUUUACACGAUCACUAUCCAUCCCAACCAGUUGUUAUCCAACCUCCUCCACAAUCACAACCACAAUCACAAUCACAAUCACAACCACAACAACCUGAACAACAACAACAACCUUCGUCGUCAUCGUACGACCAAAGUCAACCACUAUUGGAUGAAUGUGAGUUUGAUGACAUUCUACCAAAUGUUGACAGUAUCUUUGCAGAGCAACAUCCAGAACAAGAACAAUCAUUCUCCAAUACACUACGAUCAAUUGUAUAUGGUAUUGAUCAACUUCCAUCAACACCAGAGGACGAUGGUCCACUCAUAGACAAUACUCCACCGCAAGAUACAACCCAUGAUAGUGAGAGCCAGUCAUCAACACCACCAUCCUCUCCAAUGUCAUUGUCCUCAUCACAAGAGAUACCAGGUGUCCCCACCAGUGAGCCCAGCAGUGAUGAUCAUUCAAUGGAAUAUCCAAGCAGCCCAUGCUCUUCCUCAUCUGAAUAUGGAGCGGUGCCAGAUGGUUGCCCUUCUCCAAAGCCUCGCGCCAAGAGGGUUGCCAAGCCCCGGGCCAAAUGUGUGAACAGGAAGGUGUCGGACAAGCCAAGGAAGCCAAACAAGAGCGUGAGGUUUUCGAUUAGGAUGAGGGACCUACUCAAACCUCAGAGCAAAGUUGCGAGGAAGAAAGAUAUGGACACUUCCACUCUCAGUCGACGAGUCAAUCACCUGUUUGAGUUGAUCAUGACCACGACGACGAACGACCGUCUUCGUUCAUUCCUAGAGUACAUGUACGCCGACCGCCAAAUCAGCUGGCCACACCGUAUCUUUACCAAGAGAGCCACUCAUCUACAUGAAGGAUACGAGGACUUCCUAACCUACUUUGAGCAUGAUGUAGAGGUGCCUUUCAAGAAGAACAAGGCACCAUCGUCACCAUCCAGUGCCAAGAAGAACAAGAAAUCAACGUCAUCAUCACCAUCCAGUGCCAAAAAGAUGAAGCUAUCAUCGUCCAAAAAGGUACGACCACCAGGUCCAUGUGGAGGUCGCGACGAAUAA